UCCCUCCGCCCCUCUCCACGUUUGCAGCUCUGGGAAGCCGGGAUUUCGGCGCAGGACCUCCGCCUUGGCCGCGCCUCCUUCUCGCUCGCCCCAUCGCCAUGGAAGGGCCAGGAAUGCAGCCCGGCUGGAGGAGACGCCACCGCCACGGCCACCGCUGCUGCUGCUGCUUCUCGCCGCUGCUGCUGGCGCUACUGGUGAGCUGCGUGGCGUGCCAGGCUCCGCCGGUGCCGGCCGCCGGCGAGCCGCCGUGGGACGGCAAGGAUGUGCUGGUGGAGCGCAGCUACGUGCCCCGCGAGUGCCCGCGCACCGUCCGCGCCGGCGACUUCGUGCGCUACCAUUACCACGGCACCUUCCCCGACGGAGCCAAGUUCGAUUCCAGCUAUGACAGGGGUUCCACAUUCAACGUCUUUGUGGGGAAAGGCCAGCUCAUUGCUGGGAUGGACAAAGCUCUGAUCGGCAUGUGUGUGAAUGAGAGGCGGUUUGUAAAAAUCCCACCCCAUCUUGGCUACGGGAGUGAAGGUGUUUCUGGUGUCAUUCCUGCAAACUCAGUGCUUCACUUUGAUGUGCUUUUGAUCGACCUUUGGAAUUCUGAAGACCAAGUUCAUAUUGAAACUUAUUACAAGCCAGAAAAUUGCACAAGAACAAUCCAGGUGUCUGAUUUUGUAAGAUACCACUACAAUGGGACAUUUCUAGAUGGUACACUGUUUGACUCGAGCCACAAUAGAAUGAGAACAUAUGACACUUAUGUGGGUAUCGGUUGGCUGAUCCCCGGUAUGGACAAAGGUCUCCUUGGAAUGUGUGUCGGAGAAAAGCGCAUUAUCACAGUGCCGCCUUUCCUGGCGUAUGGAGAAGACGGAGAUGGUAAAGAAAUCCCGGGUCAAGCGUCUCUGGUCUUUGACGUAGCUCUCCUAGAUCUCCACAACCCCAAAGACAGCAUCGCUGUGGAAAAACAAUAUGUGCCCGAAACCUGUGAGCGUAGAAGCCAAGUAGGGGACUUCCUCAGAUAUCAUUAUAAUGGUACACUUCUGGAUGGCACAUUGUUUGAUUCUAGUUAUUCCCGGAACCGAACAUAUGAUACCUACAUUGGGAAAGGUUAUGUGAUUGCUGGGAUGGAUGAAGGCUUGCUUGGUGUAUGCAUUGGAGAGAAGAGGAGAAUAACCAUCCCACCUCACUUGGGGUAUGGCGAAGAGGGAAGAGGAAAGAUUCCGGGAUCUGCUGUGCUGGUCUUUGAUAUUCAUGUGAUAGACUUCCACAAUCCAUCUGACUCUGUGGCUAUUACCACCCAUUAUAAACCUACCAAUUGCUCUGUUCUGAGCAAGAAAGGCGAUUACUUGAAGUAUCACUACAAUGCCUCACUCUUAGAUGGCACUGUGCUAGAUUCAACGUUUAGCCUUGGGAAAACCUAUAAUAUAGUGCUGGGUUCUGGACAGGUUGUAUUGGGAAUGGAUAUGGGUCUCAGAGAUAUGUGUGUUGGAGAGAAAAGAACAGUUAUUAUCCCACCCCACCUUGGCUAUGGAGAGGCUGGCGUUGAAGGAGAAGUGCCUGGUAGCGCCGUGUUAGUUUUUGACAUUGAACUGUUCGACUUGGUGUCUGGCCUACCAGAGGGCUAUAUGUUUGUAUGGCAUGAUGAAGUCUCUCCUGAUCUCUUUGAAGAGAUUGAUAAAGAUAAAAAUGGAGAGGUUCUUCUGGAAGAGUUCGGCAACUACAUCCACGAACAGGUCAAGGCUGGCAAAGGAAAGUUAGCUCCUGGCUUUGAUUCUGAAACAAUUGUGAAAAACAUGUUCAGCAAUCAGGACCGAAAUGGAGAUGGCAAGAUUACCGCUGAUGAAUUCAAACUGAAAGACCAAGAGCCACAGGGACAUGACGAACUGUAGUUUGUUUUUAAAAUUUGUAGGAGCUAAACUGCUGUCAGAAUGUAUGCACAAUAGAAGUGGUUUGAAAUGUGUGUGUAUACUUAAAAGUGUGGACAGUGAAAAUGAAUACUGUCUUUGUAAGAGUGAAGUAGGCUAAAGUAAGGGGAAGACUAUGGCAUUACAAAAUUGGGUUCAAUGACUUAAAAAAAAAGUGACACAAAUCUUGUGACAUACUUUUUGAGAGGUGGUAAAGAAUUUUGAGCUUAGAACAAAAAUGUACAUUUCUGUUAAACUCCUGCACCAUGGCCCUGUUCGGUUACUCUCCAACUGAAGUUUUAUAAUCAUCUCUCCAAGGAAGAGAAAACCUACAAUGGGAGAAGCUGCACUAAAUCUUUUUCAAAGUCGGUAUCCCAAGUCAGAUGCUAUGGUAGCACCAUGAGCAGUACUGGAAAUGGGGAGUCAUGUUUCCCUAAGGAUUGUAACUGAAGCUAUGAAUACAAAAACCAAUCACAAAAAGUGUAUAUCAUUCUUUGCCCCGUAUCAGAACAUGUCCAUUUAUUUUCAUGGGCCUCCUCUUGAGUAUCACCCUGAAAUUAGUCUGUCCUCACUAACGUGUAUUAUAGAAAAAAGGAAGCAGAACUUUACUAUAAAUAUGCUGCAAUAUGCAUAAUGGUAGAUUGUAAUUGUGUAUACAACAUAUGGCUACUCCAUCUACUUUUUUGUGCAGUGACUCCUCAACUAGAGAACUGUCAUAAGUGUACUUCAGAUUGAAUCUCAGGUCUCAUUUGUGUCUAUAAAAACAUUUUGUUGAUCAUAGAAUUGUAGAGUUGGAAGGGAUCAUGACAAUCAUCUAGUCCUGCAAGAAUAUGCACCUGUACGGGGAUCAAACCAGCACCACACACUGAGCAAUUGAGCUAAAAUAUCCUGCGGCUAAAGAGCACAGGAGCGUAAAUUAAGUGAGUGACCUCCCCCAAAGGGAAAAGGAGCACAAAGCCACGGUCCUUCCACGAAUGGGAAUGUACAAAGCGUCUUCUUUUUUAAUUGUAGAAUGGUGCUAGUCUUAAAACUAUGACAUACCUUUCAAAACACCUUUGCAGUAAGCAAAGUUAUGUUUUAUAUGCUUUGUGAUAUUAAUAAUGUCUUGAGGAUUUGUCAAGUGUGAUACAUGCUGUUAUUUUUAUUAAAAUAAAAUAUGGACAAACACA